AUGAAUAAUAUUGUCCACACAGAUAAAGAAAACUCUAUUAUACCUAGUACCCCAUUGCAGCAAUUGAAACCACAAAGUCUUGAUGGGCUAACGAGAACCAAGAGUAAAAGAGGGGCUAGUUUGUCACCAACAAAAAGAUUACCAUUUGCUGCAAAGGAUAAUAAUGUUUCGAGUUUCAACGUAUCGAAAAACCUGUUUAGUAAUAUUGUUAAACAACCAUUGGUUGAUAGAAAUAAAAAUAAGGAUACAGGAAGGGAUAAUACAAAAAGAUUGAAGAAGUAUGGGUCAAUAUUGGAUAUUAACAACGAUAACAAUAGGCAUAAACUAUCGCUUCGAUCGUCCCAUAGUAUUAAUUUACCAAGAACAAAAAGUUUGAUCUUAAAGGAUCCGAUCGAUUCAAAUAAAUCUGAUAAAGUUAGUAAACGUGGUGAAAGUGAGAGUGAAAGUGGGAGUGAUGAAGAAUGGAGUCAUUUUAAGAAUAAUUCAUUGAAAUUAAAGUUACAAAAUGUGUUAGAUAAGAAAGCAUCAAAUACCAACGUGAAGAGUGAUGUGCAUCAAGAUGAUGAUAUUGAAUAUAGAUCGAAAGACGUAGAUGAAAUACCAUAUAUCCCAGAUGGUUACAUACCAUUUUCACAAGAAGAUUUAAACAAGUUGUCUGAAUAUCAUCCAUAUAAUGUUUUAAUAAAUGGAACCAUAGUGAAACAUGACGAAGAGGAAGAAAAUACAGCAUUUAUACUAAAUAAUAACCUAUUCAAUAAUUCUCAGGAUAAAGAAUUAACAAUAGUAUCUCCUACACUUUUACCAUUAGAAACAUGUUUAAAUACUAGUGUAGAUGAUGAUCAUCAUAAUGAUCAUAACACUAAGAUAUCAUAUAAUAAGACUUUAAAGCAAGAUAGCUACAUAACAGAGAAUGAACCAUUAGAUUUAUUACCAAUAGAUAUAGAAUAUAAUGGCGAUGGAUUGAAUGACGAUGAUAUAGUAGAUCUAAUUGACAAUGAUAUUUAA